CACAAGGGGGAAUGUCAAGAGCAGUUGGACUUCGUGUUAGUGGUGCUGAAAAUCAAUUUUCCUACCAAUUUACCAUAGAUUAUCACCAAAUUCUUGCACAAACAGUUAAAUAGAUCCUGUGUUAAGCUUUCUGCGAUAUGGACGACUCCAGAGAUGAGAAUCAAUUCGUCGUGGAUGACGUGAGUAAGAUCAUCAAGGAGGCGAUCGAGAGUACGAUCGGCGGAAAUGCCUAUCAGCACGACAAAGUGAACAACUGGACGGGAUCUGUGGUGGAGACGUGCUUGGGUGUCCUGACCAAGUUGCAGAAGCCUUAUAAAUAUAUCGUUACUUGUAUGAUAAUGCAGAAGAACGGCGCCGGACUUCAUACGGCCAGUUCGUGCUUCUGGAACAAUGAGACUGACGGCUCCUGCACAGUUCGCUGGGAAAACAAGACGAUGUAUUGCAUUGUGUCGGUAUUUGGACUAGCAAUUUAGGCCGUGCAAAAUGUAUCCAAGAUACUUCAAUUAAUGUCUCUUUAAGUAAAGUGAGUCGCAGGGAAGCGUUAGGGGACCACUGAAGUCACCAGACAGCUGCAUUAGAUCAUUUAAAUGAGAAGUAAUAACAUUAGAGACAAACUCAGAAUCUUUGCGUUAUUGCUAGCCUUCAACCUGUGACACAGUAUAACUUAUUUCACAACCUGUAAAUUAAUCCAGAUAUUCAGGAAUAAAAAAAAUCUAGAAUUUAUUUUAUAACCAAAACUACAAACAUUUAUUUUAUCUCAUUGGGAUCAUAGAAAAGUUGCAAAACAU